ACAACCAGACAUGACCAACCGUUUAUUGCUCUUGAUUCUUUUCUCCGGUACUGUUGCAUUUGAUCAUCCAACACAUACAUUGGAUCCUGCAAUUCCGACUGUUGCACCACACACCACCGAUUCAUCAGCUGAUUCAUGUGCUGGACAAUGUGCUUUCCAAUUUAUGGAUAAUAUUCGAUCACAAAUCGGACAAGAUCGAGCUUCAUCUCUAAUGCAACUCAAUUUUAAUGACUUCCUCACUUCAUUUUCAAAUACUACAUUUUUUGAGAAAUUCUGUGUAAUCUAUCACAAUUUCCAAAAUUGUGCUUCAAAAUGCACUCCUGGAUUCCUCCAUCAACUUCUCAUGCGAAGCUCUGAAAUUAUCGAUCAAUAUUGUGUCUAUAAUUUCGAUGCGAUUCGUGAGAAGUUCCCAUGUCUUAUCAAAAUGAAGCCAAAUAAGGAAUGCGUCAAAACAUGUACUCCACAUCACAAUGCCAUCUCAUCCAUGACUGAAAAUUUCAAGAAUCUUGUGCUCAGCGGGGAUACUACAAAGGCUGAACAAUAUUUGGCUCAAGGAUGUGAAUAUAUCACUUGUACUCUUCAUUGUGAUGUUCCAACAAUUGCACAUGAAUGUGAUUCGGAGACUGCUCAACUUGUGAUUGACCUAACUCGUAAGUCAUUUGCAAGCAUGGAAAAAAUGGCACUUGAUACGAAUGCUGUUGCUAAAUGGCCACAAGUUUGUGCUGAUAUCAAGACAUACAGAAUGCCAACCCCAUCAAUUCCACCAAAGAACACUGAUGUCGUAGCGCAAAGCAAUUCAGUCGCUGAUCAACCAAUUUCACAUCCAAAAUUGGUACAAGCUCCACUUAUCAGAGCUUCAUCGAUUCUGUCGAUCUCUAUUGCUUCCCUCGUUCCAUUUGUUCUUUUCUUUUAAUCUUUGGAACUCUGGUUUUUCUGUAUUUGUAAAUAGUUUAGACAUCUAAUUUAGCUCAACAACAGAACACGACGGGUGAUUGUUAUUAUUUUUCUAAAUUUUAAAAAGGAACAAUAAAAAUUUAUGAAAACAUG